AAACAAUGAGACGAGUGGUACGACAGAGCAAGUUUCGGCAUGUGUUUGGGCAGGCGGUGAAAAACGACCAGUGUUACGAUGACAUUAGAGUUUCCCGUGUUACCUGGGAUAGUUCUUUUUGUGCCGUUAAUCCCAGAUUUGUUGCGAUAAUAAUAGAGGCUAGCGGCGGUGGUGCAUUCCUGGUUCUGCCUUUGCACAAGACAGGUAGAAUUGACAAAUCCUACCCCACAGUAUGUGGCCACACGGGACCAGUGCUUGACAUAGAUUGGUGUCCUCACAAUGACCAAGUCAUUGCCAGUGGCUCGGAAGACUGCACUGUUAUGGUGUGGCAGAUCCCAGAGAAUGGACUCACGCUGUCACUGACGGACCCUGUGGUCGUCUUAGAAGGUCAUUCCAAAAGAGUGGGCAUCGUCGCCUGGCACCCGACAGCACGCAACGUACUCCUCAGCGCAGGUUGUGACAGUGCCAUAAUCAUCUGGAAUGUGGGGACUGGCGAGCCUCUGAUAAACCUGGACGACAUGCAUCAGGACAUGAUUUAUAACGUGAGUUGGAAUCGGAACGGCAGCCUGAUCUGCACCGCUUCCAAAGACAAGAAAGUCCGAGUAAUUGACCCCCGGAAACAAGAAAUUGUUGCUGAGAAAGAGAAGGCGCAUGAAGGAGCACGGCCCAUGAGAGCCAUCUUCCUCUCUGAUGGGAAUGUCUUCACCACUGGGUUUAGUCGCAUGAGUGAAAGGCAGCUUGCGCUCUGGAACCCAAAAAGUAUGGACGAACCCAUCGCCCUCCAUGAAAUGGACACCAGCAACGGGGUGUUGCUGCCUUUCUAUGACCCAGACACCAGCAUCAUUUAUUUAUGUGGAAAGGGUGACAGCAGCAUCCGCUACUUUGAGAUCACAGACGAGUCACCAUACGUACACUACCUCAACACGUUCAGCAGCAAAGAGCCGCAGCGAGGGAUGGGAUUCAUGCCCAAGCGGGGCCUGGAUGUCAACAAGUGUGAGAUAGCCAGAUUCUUCAAGCUUCACGAGCGAAAAUGCGAGCCCAUUAUCAUGACUGUCCCUCGGAAGUCUGACUUAUUCCAAGAUGACCUUUAUCCGGAUACGGCUGGACCGGAGGCUGCUUUGGAAGCUGAGGAGUGGUUUGAGGGCAAGAAUGCUGACCCCAUUCUCAUCUCCUUGAAGCACGGAUACAUUCCAGGCAAGAACAGGGAUCUCAAGGUGGUGAAGAAGAACAUAUUGGACAACAAGCCAGCAGCGAACAAGAAGAGCGAUAUCAUCAGUGCCCCAAAGAAAGCAGUGGACACCUCAAACACUCAAAACGAAGCCAAAUUGGAUGAAAUUUUGAAAGAGCUGAAAUCUCUAAAAGACACAAUCGCCCAUCAAGACGAACGCAUUUCCAAGUUAGAACAGCAGAUGGCGAAGAUUGCAGUCUGAGAGCUGGGAAGGGGGGAGGGGAAGA